AGCGGAGGCCGCUCGGGCGGUGCUUCCCGCUCUGCCGCGAUGAGCUCGGCGCCGGGGCUCCGCGGGGCUCGCGGUGCAGGUGAACAAAACAUGACAGAAACAGAUGCUUUCCCUAUGAGAGAAGUGUUUGAUCCGGCAGAAACGUACAAAAUGGACCACAAGAGGAGAGGAAUUGCUUUAAUCUUCAAUCAUGAGAGGUUCUUCUGGCACUUAACCCUACCAGACAGGCAGGGCACCAGCGCCGACAGAGACAGUCUUAAGCGCAGGUUUUCAGAUCUAGGAUUUGAAGUGAAAUGCUUUGAUGAUCUUAAAGCAGAAGAACUACUGCUCAAAAUUCACGAGGCAUCAACCGCUAGCCAUGCAGACGCCGAUUGCUUUUUGUGUGUUUUCCUGAGUCAUGGUGAAGGCAACCACAUCUAUGCAUAUGAUGCCAAGAUUGAAAUUCAGACACUGACUGGCUUGUUCAAAGGAGACAAGUGUCAGAGCCUGGUUGGAAAACCCAAGAUAUUUAUCAUUCAGGCAUGUCGGGGAAACCAGCACGAUGUGCCGGUCAUCCCUUUGGAUGCAGUGGAUCAUCAUACAGAUAAGCUGGAUGUCAACCUAACCCAGGUGGAUGCAGCCUCAGUUUAUACACUUCCUGCUGGAGCAGACUUCCUCAUGUGUUACUCUGUGGCAGAAGGUUAUUAUUCUCAUCGGGAAACUGUGAAUGGCUCAUGGUACAUUCAAGAUUUGUGCGAGAUGCUGGGAAAAUUCGGCUCCUCCUUAGAGUUCACAGAACUCCUCACACUGGUGAACAGGAAAGUUUCUCAGCGCCGAGUGGACAUCUGCAGAGACCCAAGUGCAAUUGGAAAGAAGCAGGUUCCCUGCUUUGCCUCAAUGCUAACUAAAAAGCUGCAUUUCUUUCCAAAAUCUAAAUGAUUGAUAGGUGCUAUUUUGUUUUAUGUAUCUGUAUUUUUAUAUAAAGAAGUAUCACUAGGUUGAAGCAAUUUAAAUGGUACAGCAAUUUUAAAUGUCUUAAGCUUUAAUGAGAGAACUUUACAAAAAAAAUAGCUCAUAUUGGACAUGGUGAAGGGGUUUGAUAUAUGUAGAAAUGAAAUCCUCAGGGAAUUCCUAUAAAUAAAAAUCCACAAGCAUUUGUAAUACUUGACUUUUGUAGUAAAUUGCAAGGUUACU